CAGUUCAAGUCUUUCCCCUGUGGCCUCCUGCACAAAUUUGCAUUUGCCCUGCAUGGUCACUAAGGCACCAAAAUGGAGCCAUUCUCUUGCCCAGGACAAACAUUUUUCUAUUGCUUGACCAAGGCUGAGAGGAGUUAACUAACUUGCCUUAGGUAGACAAUGAGGGAUGCGUCCCUGGAGAGCCCCUGACCCACAAGUCAGUGCCUCAUCCCCACAUAACACAAAAAACCGCCUGAGAAAAAAAUCAAACUGCGGGCACCAGUAAGGCAACUAACACAGGUGGUUGUUUCUGGAGACAUGCCCAUAGCUACACAGAUAGGAGAACCUCCAGCCCAUUCAGAUAAAAACUUACAAAAACUUCCGACUCACUCAGAUAAAGAAAGAAAGCCUGACAUAGAAAUGCCUUUGUCCUUUAUAUAAUCAACAGGUUCCCAGAAAAACGUUUCUUCUCCUUUUGUGGGCAUGAAUAUGGUGGGUCCAGUGGACACUUUCCUUUCCUUUUUGGACUGUGAGCCUGGCCUCUACGAAUCAUCACUUCAACUGCUGAUAGGUCCUGGGCCAAACUGAGUAGCCCCUGUGAAUCAUCACUUCAACUCCUGACUGGUCCCAGGUCAAGAUUCCAGGCCAAACUGAAUCACACUUUCUCCAACACAGCCCACAGACAAAAUAUUCCUUCCCCUUCCCAAUACAUAAAAACCCCAGACCCUAGCCUCAUAGUGGACAACCCGUUUGGCUCCCCCUCUCCACUAUGGAGAACUUUUUUCUUUCACUUAUUGAACUUUCAUUCCAACCUCAUGCUUGUGUCCACACUCCAUAAUUCUCUUAGAUGUGAGACACAAAACUUCAGAUACUAUCUCAAACAACAAAAGACUACUACAUAUUUUAAUACAUUGACAGGACUACAACAUAUUUUGGUGCACUGGCUGGGAAAGAAAAGGAUUCAUCUAAAGGAUCUCCUGCCAGGACUUCUCAAAGAUGGAACCCAACAGAAAGCCAGGUUAUAAGAAAGACCCUCCAGAGAAGGGGGUCUGAGCCAGAGUCACAGCUGCUUUAACCCACAUCCAUUCACCUAAAAAUUACCCACACUGAACCAUAUUUCCUCAGUGUCAUAAAACUUUUUUUUUUACCAUUGAUCCUGACACACUGCAAGGGACUAACAUCUCAUUCCCUUUUUAAAAAAAUAACUGUAUGUGAAUAACUGUAUUCACAUGCCAUAAAAUUCACUCUUUAAAAGUGUAUAUUUCAGUUGCUUUUAGUAUGUUCGCUGAGUCUAAUUUCAGAAUAUUUUCGCAACUCUCCUGAGGAAAAAUAAAUAUCCAUUAGGGUCACUCCAAUUUCUUCUUGCAGCCCCUGGCAACCACUAAUCUAGUUUUUGUUGCCGUAUAAUUACCUAUUUUGAACAUUUCACAUAAAUAGAACUAUUUUGUGACUGGAUUGUUUUACUUAGCUUAAUGUUUUCAAAGUUGAUCCAUGUUGUAGCAUGUAUCAGUAUUUCAUUCUUUUUCUGGCUGAAUAAUACUCUGUUGUAUGGAUACACAGUAGACUUCCCUUAUCUGGAGGGGAUAUAUUCCAGCCUCCCAGUGGACGCCUGAAACCUCAAUGGUACCAAAUUCAAUUGCCAUCAGUCAGAACAUGUUUCUAUCGAUGUCUUCCACCCACAAAUUUAAUGAAUUUUCCACUUUAACUAAGCCCUUAACAGGCAUUGUGGCCAUAACUUUUGCAGUUUGAGGUGUGACAGCAAAACUAGCACAAAUUUCUUUUUCCUUCUUCACAAUUUCACAGACAGAAGAUUCAUUCCUACCAUAGAUUUUAGCAAUCUCAGCAUACAAUCUUUUUUCUUUCUGUAUUAAGACAAGAACUUUUACCUUUUGAGUCAAAAGAGGCACUUGAUGGCUUCUCUUUAGCAUAUCUGAAUCAGCAUUACUACUCUUGCAUUUUGGAGUCAUUAUUAAGUAAAAUAAGGAUGACUUGAACAUAAGCUCUAUGAUGCCUGAGAUGACUAAGUGACUAGCAGGCAGGUAACAUAUAGUGUGGAGACGCUAGACAAAGGAAUGAUUCAUGUCCCAGGAAGGACAGAGUGGAAUGAUGCCAGAUUUCAUCACACUCAGAAUGAGGAAUGAAAGAAAAAUCGCUGAAGCCGAUUGGGGCUGCAGUACAUCCUUCCAACUUGGAGGAGAAACGCUGAAGACCCGGGCUUCCUUUGGGGUAGAGACCAAGUCUUCUGCACCUUUGUAUCCCCAUCAGUGAGUGUAUUUCCCAGGGGAAGCAGAUGCUCAGUCAACACAAGAUAGAUGAACAGGUGUUCCAACAUUCACUAAACGUGUGGUGCUUUCAGCGGUUGUGAGAUCCUGACUACAGAACGAGGGGGGAAAAAAAAUCACAAACUAGUUGGAGGUACCAGAGGGCUACAGAAAACAACAAGAAGAGACUAGCUGGUCGGCUAGGCACAAUUAAAACAUCGAAUUCUGCCCCAGCAGCAAUUCCGGGAACUUCAAGUAAUGCUCCUUGUGUGGCCCUCUAGAACCCUACCUGCACCCUAAAAAGAAAGAAUAAAACAACAACAGGAAAAAAAGGAAAAUAUUUAAAUUGUGACAAAAACCCACUGGGUUCUCUUGGUUACAAACUCCUUCCCUUCUGGUGCUGCAAAAAUGAGUGGGAAAUCCCUGCUCUUAAAGGUCAUUCUCUUGGGUGAUGGUGGAGUUGGGAAAAGUUCGCUUAUGAACCGUUAUGUAACCAACAAAUUUGACUCCCAGGCUUUUCACACCAUAGGGGUAGAGUUCUUAAAUCGAGAUCUGGAGGUAGAUGGACGCUUUGUAACCCUCCAGAUCUGGGACACUGCAGGGCAGGAACGUUUCAAGAGCCUUAGGACACCCUUCUACAGGGGAGCAGACUGCUGCCUCUUGACCUUCAGCGUGGAUGAUCGGCAGAGCUUCGAGAAUCUUGGUAACUGGCAAAAAGAAUUUAUUUACUAUGCAGAUGUGAAGGACCCUGAGCAUUUCCCCUUUGUAGUUCUGGGUAACAAGGUAGACAAAGAGGAUAGGCAAGUGACUACUGAGGAGGCGCAAGCCUGGUGCAUGGAGAAUGGGGAUUACCCUUAUUUAGAAACUAGUGCCAAAGAUGAUACUAAUGUGACAGUGGCCUUUGAAGAAGCUGUCAGGCAAGUGUUGGCUGUAGAGGAACAGCUGGAGCAUUGCAUGUUGGGUCACACCAUUGACUUGAACAGUGGCUCCAAAGCAGGGUCUUCGUGCUGUUAAAGAUAGGGAGCCUUUUAAAAAUGUGCCCCAAAUUGGUCAGUCAGUAGUGUAAGAAUAACUGUGCCCCUCUAAGAGUGCGCGCGCACACACACACACACACACACACACAAGAGGGUAAGAGACAAGGUUCUGAUUGUGAAACAGAGCCUUUCAAAUUGAAGUGUAGAUCUAUAAAAAAGAAAAGAAAAGAAAGAAAAAAAAAGCUCUAUCAAGCCAAGUGUAUUUUGUGUAAUUUCUGCUAUUUCCCCUUCAUGUGUGUCUCAGGACAUAUCAGAAAGUUUUAGUCCUGAGACAGUUAAAUAUUUUUUAAAUCACAGUUUAGACCUAGAACCCAGCUGCAUGAAGGAGUUAAAGAGCUACAACUAUUUCUUAAAGUGUUCCAUUAAUCAACUAACAAAUGUCACUAUCAGACUCUUGCCAAGCAGUUUCUGACAUUUCUGCCAAAGGGGAAAAAAUCAGACUUUGAGCUGUAUUACAAUAAAAAUAAUAAUGCAAAUAAGGAUUCCUAGGCUUGAACUAUAAAGAAGUUGUAAUGAUUAGGAGUGCAAAAGUAUAAUGAUAUACACUGACUUGUUUAAAUCCUUAUGUAUGGUUUGCUCCCAUCUGAGCUUUUCAAAAAAUACCAUCUCAGUAAGAGAUACUCUAAUGACCCUGGCAAUUGAUCAUACUUCUUGUGUUUGAAGUCAUAGGAUACUAGUGAAUGGAUUAUGCUUAAAUAUGCCAACCACCUUUGCAAAUAAAUGGUUGGUCUGCUUUUCCUUCGUAAGUCUACUUUUGCUGCAUAGAGAUGUUGCUUCUCUGACAACCUCUUACCAAUUUAGCAAUGCUGCUUAGUAUAUGAAAUUGGAUGCAGUGCUCUCUGCUCAUAAUUUAGAUAGUCCUUCGAUCCAACAUGCUGGGCUCAUGGAGAAGGCUUCAGAAAAGAUUGGGGGAUAAUGAACUUUUCUCACAGGGCUCCUUAACUCAAAUAUUUAUUGUAGAAGAAGGAACUGGUUUCUUAUAUGUUGCACUGUAUGUUAAACUAGCCUAAUUAGGACAUUGAAAGUGACAGAAGAGCAGAUUUUAACCCAGUGUUAGAAUGAAUUUCCCAUAAUCAGAGUUGUCCAACGGUGGAAUGGACUGCCUUAAUAAUGAGCUCCCUGCCUCUGAAAAUAUUCACUGGAUGACCAUCUGUUAGAAUACCAUAAAAAGAUUUUCUGUACUGGCUACAUGUUCAGUAUAAAGUCCUUUCUGGCUCUAAGUUCUAUGAAUCUAUAAAUUACAUCAGUGCCAUGCUGUGGUUAGAUUUAUCUGAUGAUAACAGCUAAGACUAUGGAGAGGGACUUUUAAAAUUCUCAAACCAUUCUGUGAUCAAUCUUUAACAGCAACUACAUAGCUCUUCCUUUUGCUUUUGCACUGUGGCAGGAAAAAUUCUUGAGCUCUGAGUAAUCUUUAUGUGCACUGAUAAAAAACAUCUUAAAGCUCCCAUGUUAAAUAUAAAAAUGGUUUGACAGUUUUUGAUUACCAUGACUGCCAGUUAUAUACUGUAUUAUGAAUAUGCAGUGUGGUUCUUGUUGGUUGAUCUGUUUAUCCUGCAUAGAUUUUAAUCUGUACUUUAAAACAUCUAUGAUAAAAAAUAGUGACAGACAGAAAUUACCCCAAAAAGAGACCUAGGCCAGGAAGGGGGUGGGAGCUUUCAUAGGAAUACAGCCUAGAACUCUCCAUUGUAGCCACAUAUGGAAUCAGCCUUACUUACAUGUAGGACCUUUGUGCUUUAAGAGCUCUGGGACAUAUUGGCAAAAUAAAAGAGGACAGUAUUUCAACCCAGUCAUACUCAAUAUUUCCAAUUAAGAUAUAAUCCUUACCCCAUUGUUCAAUUAACUUUGAUGCCAGAAGUCAAAGCCAGAACUGGGGCCCCACAGCUCUUAAGUACUGGUCCCUACCCUGCCUAUGCCUAUAGCCAGCCACACUGGUUUCCAAGUUCUAUGAUCAUUUUGCUACAAUCAUGUUAGGGUGAAAAUCUGUACGUCAGAACUGUUAAAUGCUAAUUAUUUUCAAGUGCAUGAGACCUGGGGCCUUCUCUUUCUACUUGCACUCUGCUUAUACUAGUUUCUAUUUGUAGAUCUCAGGUCUUCAUCAUAAAGACCUCCAUCAACUCACAAAAGUACUUGUCUCUGUUAGAGUGGCAUGUGGUCAUUUGAGUUAAAAAAAAAAAAUUACCUGGGUGUCAGAUUCAUAGGCAUCCUGUCCAUCUAAGACAAGUGUUAAUCUUAUUGAUCCAUCAGCUGGAGCCCCUUUCCUCUUAGCCAUACCAUUGUUUUCUGCCAAACUACCACUCAAUAUCUUAAUGAAAGCAUUCAACAUUAAGUGACAUAAACAGUGGCAUUUGGGUAAGCAACACUCAGUGGGGUGCUGACAUAUAGUUUGGGUAAGAUUAAAAAACACCAAAGGCUGAAAUCUGUGAGUACCAAGAACUGUGCAUAUAGGUUUAGAAAUUGACUGUGUACCCUAGAAUGUGCAGUGUAAUAUUUUCAGUAGGUGUUUUUUUAAGAACACUAGAUUUUUGGAAUAAUAUAUUUCUAAUUAGGACUAUACUUCUUUUCAAUGGUCUGUUAAAACAUCAUACAGAAUAUUUAUUUAGUUUAUUGUCAUGUAUUGGCUAACUUUCAGGGGCCUCAGAUUCUGUAUGUCUUCAGUGGAUUGAUGAAUAUCAGGUUAAUUUGUGCCUGCCCCAGCCAUCUCUACUUUAUUCUGAGGUAUUCCACAAUCCUCUUGUUGCAGGUGCUGCUAAAAAAGAAUCUCAAAAUUGUGUACCAAUAUUUUCUUUCGACUGUAAAAAAUCAUCUGUGUUAAAGUGAAUAAAAAGUGCAUUUUGAAUAAUCAACACACAA